UAAAGUAAAAACAAAACUAAAAACCAGUAAAAAAAGUUGUGUAGGCACAGUUCGCUAUAGAAUAGAAUAUUGCUUACUUUUGUUAURUGAUAACGUAGAAUGACCUAGGAACGACCUUUUUCUAUCAAAAUAUUAAUGAAGCUAUUUUUUAUCGGAAUCUUUCUUUGCUCUGAGCCCCCACAUUUUACGAGAGGAGCUGCGGCAAGAGGAGGAAGUGGCCAGUAGAAGGUGCCACUGGUAACAAGUGCUUUGGCUUCGACAGGGAUACAAAACGGUUCAAUAAAUCGCUCUUUCCAGAUUUUAUAUGUAUGGAUCACUGCAGUCUGCGGUCUCAUCUGCACAAUUUAUGGUAGUGCAAAUCGUAAGAUUUGUGUCGCUUGUGCUACUAAUAUGCAGAGACACYAGACCACAUGCUGCUGCAUUGCCCCGCAAUCGCAUGAAGAAAGAGUCCUACUAUCGCGUAAUUAAAUUCGGCUUAUAGGAUAAUCGGCAUGAAUUAUCUGACAACUCCUUUUCGCACUUCGCCUCGCUUCAAAAUGAUUGUUUGUUACUUUAACUGUGAAUCAUUACCGCCAUAUCGCCACCCUAGUGCAAAUACAACUACAGUAUAUUGAAGAAUCGCUUACAAACACAAGUAAAUGUUUGAAAUAACUUUCGCCGCUAGCAUAAAACAACAAAAAAUGAAGUAUAAAGUGUGAGUAAGUGCUUGGAGCCACGCGAGCCACAAAUAAAGAGCAUUGUAAAAGCUUUGACUGCAAAACACGCAUACGCACAUAUGUAUUUGGUGAAAUAUGUUCCGUGUAUUUUAGUGGCAUGCGCCAUUUUCGAUUUACUGAGCGCCGCUUCCAAUCCAGUGAAUAUUUGCAGUGGCGUCAGUGAUAACGCGUUCUURCCAUAUCUCGGCGAUUGUUCCAAAUACUAUGUAUGCAUAGGUGGUGCACCAAUCGAGCGUAAAUGUGACUAUGACUUUUAUUUCGACGCCAAGGAGCAAAGCUGUACUUAUCAGAAUGUGGCGAAGUGUCUUCCCACUUGCACCAAUGCGCUAUCAUCCUUCUGCUACGAUCGCACCUGCACCAAAUAUGUGCUCUGCUAUGCUGGCACAGCAAUUAUACGCGAAUGCCGCGAUGGUUUGCAGUACAAUGCCGAGACAGAUCGUUGCGAUUUUCCMCAAUAUGUGGAUUGUGUGGAUAAUAUGUGCACAUUAUUCAAUGAUCCGAAAAAUAUUACAUUCAUUAACAGCCAAGCGUCGUGUGAGAAGUAUUACAUUUGCAUGGAUGGCACCGCUUACCCACUGACUUGUUCUAAUGGCCUACAAUUCAAUAAGGACUGUGAUUGCUGUGAUUUCGUGGAGAAUGUGCAUUGUAGUAUAACUCCGUCGACACGCAACAUCCUGUCGUAUUCGAAGGUGCCACCCAGACGCGCUGAUAUUGACUGCCCUGUUGUUGGUGCCAAUUUUAUUGCACAUCCGGAUCCAGCGAAAUACUACUACUGCUUGAAUGGCAUGGGUGUUGUGCUUGAGUGCACGCCUGGACUACUUUACGAUGCUGAGUUCGAAGAGUGCCGUGCACCAGAAUAUAUUUCCCGUAAAUUUUAAAAUUAUAAACUUCAAAAUUUUUUU